GGGAGACGGCAAGUGUCUUGUGUUCUGUUGUCGCUUGACGGAGGGAGACAAGCAGCAAUAAACAAAAUAGCAACAAGCAAGUAACGUGUUUAUUCUCGUUUCUGCUCCUCUCUCCGACCCGUUUUCACAACCCGGUCGUGUGAACUAAACGCCUCGCUUUUUGCACUACGGGAUCUUUUAGUAGGUCCUCAAAUGAAAGAUCAACUGAGACUCAAAACUUCAGAAAUAGAAAUGUCUGCGACCAUCCUGUCCGGUUUCUACGACAUCGACAUGCUGUACAAGGACAAGAGUCUGAACAUGAACGCUCUGCAUCUCAACAGUAUGUUGGAUAAGAAGGCGGUGGGGUCGCCGGUCACGGCUUCUGCUCUCGCUAACAACUGCUCAUUCACGCAGGGAUUUUUCCGGCGCAACUCCGCGAGCAGCGCUGACUGUACAAACAACGGCAACAAGUACUCGGCCUCGUGUUACAGCAACAUGAAGGAGAGCUCGAGCAGCACCGCCAGCAUGAACAAGGAGAACAAGUUCCGUGAGCGCGCCUACAGUGAGACGGGCGAGCGGAGUCAGCAGCUGCAGGCGUUGCAGAAACCUGGAUCUCAGAUCAACUCGACACGCUACAAGACUGAACUGUGUCGACCUUUCGAGGAGAACGGAGCCUGCAAGUACGGCGAGAAAUGCCAGUUUGCUCACGGUUACCACGAGCUCCGCAGCCUGUCUCGCCACCCCAAGUACAAGACGGAGCCGUGCCGCACCUUCCACACCAUCGGCUUCUGUCCGUACGGCCCGCGCUGCCACUUCAUCCACAACGCGGACGAGCGCAGACCCGCGCCGGCCAACGCCAACAGCAGCAGCGUGCCGCCAGAGCUGAAGCAGAGCCGUGACCUGAUUCAUCAACAGGCCGCUUACCGAGACAGACCCAAACUCCACCACAGCCUGAGUUUCUCUGGGUUCUCAACACAACAUGGACUGGACUCGCCUCUCAUCGACAACCCCACAUCCCGCACUCCCCCGCCGACUUCUUCCUCCGACGCUUCUCGGACCAGCGGCCCCUUUUUCGAAGACGUUCUAGCGCCGAGCGCUAAUGGCGCCUUUUCCUCGUUCGCCGCUGCGCAGGACCUGAAAGCGCUGCUCGCCGCGCACGCACAUGGCGGCUACCAGUCCACCCCCGCUUACUACAGCAACUUCCAGACCGCCAUGGGACCCCCUUCCCCACCCUACAGCCUCGGGCCCUUGCAGGCCCUGCAGCGCCUGUCUGAGUCUCCAGUGUUCGACUCGCCCCCCAGCCCAUACGACUCCAUGUCGGACCGCGACAGCUACGCCAGCGGCUCUUCAGGAAGUCUCAGCGGCUCCGAGUCGCCCAGCUUGGAGGCCGGGAGACGUUUGCCAAUCUUCAGCAGGCUGUCGAUUUCUGAUGAUUAAUAAGUUAGCGUGGUUGUCUUUCGUUAUGUUUUGCAUUGUAUGGGAUUCGCCCUGUUCUUUAUUUCUUUAACGGACUGGAGGACUUCCUAAAGUUAACCGUUAUUAAAAUGGCGUCUCAUUAGCGACGUGUAACUAGACGGACUUUAAAGAAACAACCAGGGGCAGGUUGACUCGUCAGACCCUUGGUGUGGCAUUAGAGUUUUACUUUGUCCUGUUUUUUUUUUUUUUUUGUUUUUUUUUCCUCUUUUCUGCUCGAACCGAUAGCUAUGAAAGUAGAUAUCGACCGAAGGCAUUCCACCGGUGACUUUGACCAGCAUUCAGUCGCAGUGUUUUGGCUUAUGAGACCAUCACACUUUCCGGAGACAUGGUUUUUGUGCACAAAACUUUUGAACGCGAAAGACGAAGAGAUUUGAAAUGAUUUUUUGCCCCUCCAUACUACCAAGAAUAUGCCUUGACAAAAAAAAAAAAAAAAGUAUCAGUUCCGCAAAGUAGCCUAUGUAUGCGCUUCUGAACGCUUACAAAAACAAACUUCCAUUCCAAAAGCUGAGAGUUUGUCGGUCACAGCGCCACCCAGUGGUUCGGUUGGGUUAGUUUAGUGUUGUUGCUUAGCUGAAGCACUCUUGUUCGGUCUGUUGGGAAAAUCACUGCUGAUGGUUGAAUAUAUAUAUACAUAUAUAUAUUUUUUUAGCUGUUUUGAGCGAUUACAUAGCAGUACAUAACUGGCUAUGACCUAUUUAACUUAUUUAUUAUCUUGUGAAAAGUAUAGGCUACAUUGGUAAUUGUGUCCAUACUGUAUUUAUCAAGUAUGUUGAAGCAAUAGAUCUAUAUUCUUUUAUUAUGUUUAAAUUAUGAUCGCCAUUAUUAAUCUACAUAAGUGGAGUGUAUGUUCUUUUUCACAGUAAUAUAUUUUUGUUUGGUCUUCUUUUGUAACUUCACUUUGUUAUUUUAUUGUAAAUGAGUAAAAAAAAAACAACUUAAUUUAAGAGAUUGUAUGUGAUAUUUAUUUCAUUAAUUUUGUUUCCUUGUUUACGUACAUUUAAAACAAAUUGCUCGAGUUGCCGUUUGUUGGGAUGUUGUGGAAGACGUUCCCCCCCACAACUUUUUUUUUAAAUUGAGAAAAAAAAAUCCCUAGAUGUGUUUUUUUUUUUUUUUUUUUUUUUUUAAGCUAUGUCUAUAGAAUGUAUAAACCACGUGGUUGUCAAAACACCGUCCAAACGAGUAGUGAUCAUUCUUUAAGAAGUCAGAAUUGUGUGACAAUGAUCCCAAGUGAAUAAACUUAACCAAAAAGUA